CCCUCUCAGAGCACUUAGAACUUCAUGUGACUCCGAUUCUCUCAGUCUGAGGUGAAGUGGAUCUAAACCAGCACAGGAUUUGUUCCAUUCUUAAAUAAAGGAGAUGAGUUCUAAGAAGCAGAGCACCGGCAUGGUGCUGUUGAACUACACCAUAGACCCUGACUUCCAGGAUGUGGCCGGUGUGGGGUCCGGCUCAGGGACCAGCCCCCCUCUCCCGGAGGAGAAGCAGCAGGACUCCAGCUCGGUGAAGCUGGAGCCGGCUGUGGAGGAGUACACGCAGCUGAAGCCUUACGCCGGGAUGCCCAAGGAGGUGCUGCUGCUGUACUCCUCCCAGGCCCGGUACCGGGUGCCCCGGGAGGUCCUGUUCUGGCUGAUCGUGGCCUGCACCCUGGCCCUGGUGGCUCUCACCAUCACAGUGAUCGCUCUGUCUCCCCGUUGCCUGAGCUGGUGGCAGGUGUCCCCGGUGUACCAGGUCUACCCCCGCUCCUUCAGGGACUCGGACGGUGAUGGGGUGGGAGACCUCAAAGGAAUUCAGGAGCAGCUGGAUCACUUUGAGUUCCUGAACAUCAAGUCGGUUUGGAUCAGUCCCUUCUACCGCUCCCCCAUGAAAGACUUUGGCUAUGACGUGGAAGACUUCCGAGCCAUUGACCCCCUCUUCGGAACCAUGCAGGACUUUGAGGAGCUGCUGGCUGAGAUGCACAACAAAGGUUUGAAGCUGAUCAUGGAUUUCAUUCCCAAUCACACCAGUGACAAACACCGCUGGUUUAACUUGAGCCGGACCAGAGAUCCUCACUACGAGGAUUAUUACGUCUGGACUGACUGCAACGAGACGUCACCAAGACCGAAUAACUGGGUGAGCAUUUUCGGGAACUCGUCGUGGACUUACGAUGACGUCAGAGGACAAUGUUACCUGCACCAGUUCCUCAAGGAGCAACCGGACCUGAACUUCAGAAACACACAUGUCCGCCAGGAGAUCGUCGAUAUUAUUCAUUUCUGGUUGGGGAAAGGAGUGGACGGGUUCCGGAUGGACGCAGUGAAGCACAUCCUGGAGGCGGCUCACCUGAGGGAUGAGCCACAGGUGGACCCAGAAAAAGCUCCUGAGGCGGUGACCUCAGAGUGGGACCUUUACCACGACUACACCACCAGUCAGGUGGGGCUGCACGACCUCCUGAGGGACUGGAGGGCACAGAUGGACGUUUACAGCCGUGAGCCUGGCAGAUACAGGUUCAUGGUGACCGAGUCGUACGAUUACCAGGAGGUGGACAAGACCAUGAUGUACUACGGCACCUCGCAGGUGAAAGAAAGUGAUUUCCCCUUCAACUUCUACCUGCUGGACCUGCCUCACAACACCAGCGGCUUGUGGGUUCAACAGCUGGUCCAGCUCUGGAUGACCAACAUGCCCACUGGACGAUGGGCCAACUGGGUGGUGGGAAACCACGACAAGCCUCGGAUCGCCACCAGCGCCGGUCAGACCUACGUCCGGGUCAUCAACAUGCUGCUGCUGACCCUCCCCGGCACCCCCACCACCUACUACGGAGAGGAGAUCGGCAUGGAGAACAUUAAUGUCACGGACAGUGAGAUACAAGAUCCCGCUGGCAAAUACAACUCAAGUGCCAGUCGGGACCCCCAGCGAUCCCCCAUGCAGUGGAGUGCUCACACGAACGCAGGCUUCAACAACAAAACCAACGCCACCUGGCUGCCGGUUCACCCGGAUUUCACAAGCGUGAAUGUGGAGGUCCAGAAAAAAGAUGGCCGCUCCGUUAUGUCUCAGUACCGUUUCCUGAACACGCUGCGUCAGUCGGAGCUGCCGCUUCACCGCGGCUGGUUCUGCUUCGUCCACGCUGACGCCAGCGUCUUCUCUUACCUCAGGGAGCUCGACGGGCUACACCGAGCUUUCCUCAUGGUCCUUAACUUUGGCAAAGAAUCUGCCGUCACGGACCUCUCGUCUGUUGGGGAGCUGCCGGAGCAGCUGACGGUGCUGAUGAGCACGAACGGUGUCAGCGAUGGGAAAGUGUUUCAGAAGUCUGGUAUCCUGACGGAGGUCGGGGAGGGUUUGGUGAUUCAGUUCUCCGCACCCACUCGGUUUAAUCCCAACCAUCCCAAGCAGUGCUACGUCUCAGAGAAGGCCUGUUAUUUAGGAGCCAUGGACAUACUUUAUAAAUGCUAACAUGAAUGGACACUGGUGUUCAGUUAUUAUAGUUUCACAGUAGAAAUCAAGAUGUUUCUUUGGUGUCUCCUCUGUAAGGGAUGUAUGUCAGAGAAUUAAAAGGAACCGCAACA